AUGAAUGUCUCUACUUCUACAUCUGGUAUCAAGAGAAGAACUGUGAAAACCUUGAACGAAGAAGAGGAAAAUGCAGCCACAUUACAUCUAGGACCUGAAUUCGAUAUUAAACAAUAUACUCAUGAUGGUGAAGCUAUGGAUCUUAUUGCCUUGAAUUUAUCAGAAGCAAGAAUCGUCAUAAGAACUGCUUUGAAAGAAAGAAAGAAAUUGAUGACCCCAAAUGUUGGUGCAAAUGAAGUGUUGAAGAAAACUUUAGAUUACCUUAGUGUGUUUGCAAGAUUUAGAGAUUCUGAAACCUGUGCAGCUGUUGAACAAGUUUUGAAAACUCCAGAAAAUUCAAACCUACAUCCUUUCGAAUUGGCACAAUUAGGUUCUUUGGCAUGUGAUGAUACAGAUGAAGCAAAGACUUUGAUACCAAGUUUAGGAAAUAAGAAAACAGAUGAUGAAUUACAAAACAUAUUGAAUCAACUAUCGAGAUUGGAAACCCCAUAUUGA